AUGAGUGAGUAUUUCAUCCUCAGCAGCUUCGGUGUGAGGGCAUCAGAAGAAAUGGCACGAAUGGAUCUGGGAAGAAUGAACAAUUACAAAUCAGUAAUCAGAAAAGUGGGAAAUGAUUUGGGUGUCGAUCCUGCCCUGAUUGCUGGCAUCAUCUCCAGGGAAUCCAGAGCAGGAAACGCCCUGGAUGAUGGUUGGGGGGACCAUGGCAAUGGCUGGGGUCUCAUGCAGGUGGAUAAAAGACAUCACACGAUAGUCGGAGCCUGGAACAGCGAGGAGCAUCUCCGCCAGGGAACAGGGAUCCUGGUGAACUUCAUUAAAACCAUUCAGAAGAAGUUCCCUGGAUGGAGCAAAGAGCAGCAGCUGAAAGGAGGGAUAGCGGCCUACAACUUUGGGGAUCGGAACGUCCAAACGUAUGAGAGGGUGGACGUCGGCACGACAGGUGGAGACUACUCCAACGAUGUUGUUGCCAGAGCCCAGUUUUACAAAAAAAAUGAUUUCUAAAGUCUGUCACUGAAAAAAACAGAAAUACCAGUUUGAAUCCUGCAAAAAAUAAAUAUAUAUAUAAAAAGAUGAGAUGUAAUGAAAAGCUUAAGGAGAAACGUUACGGUUUGCUGUUUUCUGUCAGCUUUCAUUAUGUUUUGUAUAAAAAGUCUCAAACAGGCUCAAGAAAUAAUAAAAGUUGAAAUAAUAUUUGGAGUCUUUUCUUUUAAAGCAUCAGAGCAGUUAAAUUGUCA